AUUCACACCACCAACUGUUCGAAAGCACACCUUUACCUGAAGUCAAUUCCCCAAGUGAGCACAACGGACAGCCAACAUAUCGGAAUCUCCAUCAAAAUCAAAACACCUAGCUCUAUCGCCAAAAUUCUAGUCACAACGCCCCUCAGCAUCAUCGUACUAUUAUUGGUGACUAACUUGACUCCCAUAUCCGCGGUCGGAUACCUCACGGCCCUCCUUCUUCAACCUAUACCCCCAGAAAAAUUCAUCUCAUAUCACACUGGUAUGCUCCUCUGGUGCAGCGUCACUAUCUAUUACAGUUACAUUAACAUCUACUACAACAAACUCAUCAAUCUUUGUGAAUCCGUGGGUGCAAGCUUUACCAAAUGGGAGUUUGCCCACCGAUCAUUAACACUUGGUAAGCAAGAAAUGCCAGAAAUAGGGAGUUUGCCUGGCUCCUUUAUCUUCACGGAAUCGGAGCCCAGAGUCCGAGGUAUCCCACCAAAAGAAACUAAUAUCUCGGCUAAAACGACAGCUGAGCCGCUUGCGCCUGGUCCCACGGCGGAGAAAGUUCCGGUUACAUCUGGAGAACACUCACCCUCUCCUCCCAGUACAGUCUCAGAAGAAGCACGGACAAAGGGUAACCCUUCCAAGCCUAAAGAGAGAUUACCCAGAGAGAAAUCCCCACCAGACGAGAAAGCUAGAGAUAGGGAUUCUCUAUAUUCUAGAAACCCACAACUGCUAACAGUUCAUCGCCCCCUUAGGUGGCACUCCGGAGGAAAGUAUCUAGACGGGACACGCAUCCCUCCAAGACGCAAGCAUAACACAUAUACGGCGGAACCACCAACUACCCCAAAGGAAGUUACUCCCCCUUCCCAAGGAGAAACAGAGACUACAGCUCCAGGUAAUAAUGAGGAAAGAGGUCUGAGAGAGGGACCAGAUAUAAGUGACCUGCUCUCUCCUGAAAGAAAUUCAUUGGCCACCUCCACGCCAUCACAAUAUAUUCCCGCCAGACAGGGCCCCCUGUGGGGAAAGGCAUCUCCCCUACAAGCAGAGUCUCUCACAUCACCACCCUCACCCUCACCUUCACCCACCCGUCACCGGCCACGGUACAAGCGUCCAGAACAACUCAUCUCACAGAAUCAGAACAUAGGUAUCCCAGAUCCGAGCCCCAAUUCCAACAAAGGUACGUUUCCAGAAGACGAAGAUACAGUUAUGGAAGAGGUGCCCUCGUUAGAUUCCGGCUACGUUUCUAACGCUAUGGGUGACUGGGGCACCACACGAGAGCCUAUCGAGAAGGAAAGAAUGGCGGUCGCUGUAAGCACAAGUUGGAGUAACGAUCGGAAAGCAAGUUUCUGCGAUUUGGACGGGGUAUUGGAGGAGGAUAUCCUCCGAAUCAUGAACAUGUGGAGAGCCAAACUGUUAGAGGUCUGUGAGAGCAAGUUGGCAAAUGUCGUGUUUUAGACAGAAGUUGAUUUAGAUAGUGGCGCGGGCUCUGCAGUUCCUGUAUGACCGGUGAGGGUCCUCUACACGACAACAGACCCCCCUCCUUUGUUUUGUAUUAUCAAGUGCCCGGUUUAUUAGCCCUUUGUAGAUUUAGAUAUAGUUCAAGACACCCAAAACGUGUACCAGACCUGUCAAUUUCAAAUCCUUAAGGCUUUAUAGGGGUAAGUGCAUAUGAGAAAAAAAAACCUGUUUAUGGUUCUCCUUCAUCUCCUCUUUCAGAAACAGUUUUUUUCUUUAAUUUGCUCUCACCCCUACAAACCCUUAAGGAUUUGAAAUUGACAUGUCUAGUCCACGUUUUGGAGGUCUUGAACCAUACAUUAGG